AUGGAGCUAGAUUUAAUAGAGCAAGCAGCACAGCUGAAUACCAGAGAAGAGUACGUCGCGUGGGAACAGCGAUGCGACGAAUUUAUAGAAUCUCUGGAAGAACAGAGUCGGAUCAAACGCCCGCGAUUAUCGAUCGGUAAUAGACAAGCAGUGAUCGCAAGUAUCGCGCGGCUCGAGAGUUUGAAGGAUUCAGUGCGCGGACGAUUCGUAUACGUGGGCGCCGGAUAUGGACUCCGAUGGCGCGAGAUAGAAACAGCGUUCGAAAGCCGUAUUCUAACGGGCGCGGUGAUAAACUCUAAUCACAUCGACCCCCGCCGAUUUCUCGAAGACGCGAGUGAAAUUGUGCUCGAGCGUGUACAGUGUGUUUUACAGAGAUAUGACUCUAUAAAGAUAAAUACAGUAUUUAAUGGUGAAUUCGUAGCUGGCGAUAAACGCGCGAACAAGAGCAUCGCAACCAGAAACUAUGAAAUACAUCGAUACACCGAUCAGCGCGAGUGGUAUGUGUCACGCGUCGUCGAGCCAAUCCUGGCAUCGCUCGAAGAGUUUCAAGAACGUGAUAGUGGAUGGGCACUGUCGCGUAUAUUAAACUUGACUGUUAACGCGAAUAAACUAAAUCCUCUGCGCGCGGGAUGUCAUAUCAAACUCCCGGAGGAAAUUAUGCUGAAGAGAGCGGUGAUCAACGUGCAAUCCAAAGACAAUGCUUGUUUUGCAUGGUCAGUGGUUGCCGCUCUGCAUCCAGCCCAAGAAAAUGGUCACAGAGAAUCUUCAUAUCCGCACUACUCAUUGGUACUAAAUCUCACGGGUAUUGAAUUCCCGAUGACGUUAAGUCAAAGUAAAAAAUUUGAAAAUCUCAACGACAUUUCCAUCAACGUUUACGCCAUCGAGCAGGGGAUCAUACCGAUACGACUCGCUGACCAAAAGAGGAGCAAGCACGUAAACCUCUUGUACGUGGAGGAUGACAUCGCGGGUCACUUUGUGCUGAUUAAAGACCUGUCACGCCUCGUCAGUUCACAAAUCAGUAAAAAGGAGCAUAAGAAAUACUUCUGCGAUAGAUGCUUACACUAUUUUAGCUCGAUCUCUAAAUUGGAGAUUCACAGCGUCGACUGCGGAAAACUCAACGAUUGUGCGAUAAGGCUGCCGAGCGAGGACGACAAGUGGCUCAAGUUCAAGAACCAUUGCAGGAAGGAGCGCGUCCCUUUCGUGGUCUACGCCGAUUUGGAGUGCGCACUGGAGAAGAUGGAUGAAGAUCCAACAUCAUCCAUGUAUCAACAUCAUCAGGUUUUUAGUAUAGCGUAUUACAUUCAUUGCUCACACGACGAUUCACUAUCAAGCUAUCGUUUUCGCCGCGAUAAUAAUUGCAUAUCGUGGUUCGCGGAUGAAUUGAAAAAUUUAGCACAUAGUGUGCAAUCUAUAAUUUCGACAAAUGUUCCCAUGGAUUUCACGCGAGACGACUGGGAAAAAUUUAACAACGCCACGCACUGUCACGUGUGCAAGAAACCGUUCAUGAAAGAUGAUAAGCGGGCACGCGAUCACUGCCAUCUCACCGGGCGAUACAGAGGUCCCGCGCACUCAAAUUGUAAUUUAAAUUAUAAGGAUUCGCGUUGCAUACCCGUAGUCUUUCACAAUUUAACAGGUUACGACGCUCAUUUCAUUAUCAAAGAAAUUGCCGCCGCAUACGAAGGACAGGUAGAUUUAUUACCGAUAACUAAAGAAAAAUAUAUAUCUUUUACUAAACACGUUGAUGAUACUAUAGAUGAUAAAAAAAAUUGUAUACAACUACGUUUCAUAGAUUCAUAUAGAUUUCUCGCUUCUAGUUUAGACAAAUUAGCAUCUUUUCUCAAUAAAGACAAGCUGCGGGUAUUGCGACGCGAAUUUUCACAUUUAUCGGAAGAAAAUUUCAAUCUUUUAACUCGAAAAGGUGUCUUUCCGUACGAGUACAUUGAUUGCAGUGAAAAAUUGAAUGAAUCGUGCUUGCCGCCUCGCGAUUCGUUUUACAGUUCAUUGACAGACGACACGGUAUCCGAGAGCGAUUACGCGCACGCUGUCAACGUGUGGCAGCGGUUCUCCAUCCAAACGCUCGGUGAAUAUAGCGACCUGUAUCUAAAAACAGAUGUAUUGUUGUUGGCCGACGUAUUUGAAAAUUUCCGCGACAGUUGCGUCGCGAGUUACGGGCUCGACCCCGCAUAUUAUUACACCUUGCCUGGCUUCACAUGGGAUGCCAUGUUGAAGCAUACGGGUGUAAAAUUUGAACUGCUCACAGACAUUGACAUGGUCAUGUUUGUCGAGCGCGGUAUACGCGGUGGUCUGAGCCAGUGCUCAAACAGGUACGCGCGAGCCAACAACAAAUACAUAUCGUCGUACGACUCAUCGAAACCAUCAUCGUACCUAAUGUACUAUGACGUCAACAAUCUCUACGGCUGGGCAAUGUGUCAACCAUUGCCAUACGCUGAUUUUCGAUGGGUCGACGACGUGCAAAAUUUCGACUUUUCGACCAUCCCGCUAGAUUCACCUACAGGCUAUAUUCUCGAGGUUGACAUUGAGUACCCACAACAUCUCCACGACGCGCACACUGACCUACCGUUCUGUCCAACGCGAGAGAAACCACCCGGCAAGCGCGAUGACAAGCUCCUCGCGACGUUAUGCGAUAAGCAGCGUUACAAAAAUUUAUACAAACUUAUGAAUAACGCGGUAUUUGGUAAAACCAUGGAGAAUGUGCGCGAUCGCGUUGAUGUAAAAUUAGUAACAAAAUGGGAAGGCAGAUACGGUGCCGAAGCAAUGAUCGCGAAACCCAACUUUCACAGUCGUAGCGUUUUCUCGGAGAAUCUGGUCGCGAUAGAGCUGCGUAAACUCGAGGUGAAGUUCGACAAACCGAUAUACGUGGGUAUGUGCAUCCUCGAUAUAUUGAAAACGUGUUUGUACGAAUUUCACCACGAAUAUAUGACACCGUUUCAUGAAAAAUGUAAAAUUAUGUAUACCGAUACUGAUAGUCUCAUAUAUCAUGUGGAAUGUGAUGAUGUAUAUGAAAUUAUAAAACGCGACAUAAAUAGAUUUGACACUAGCGAUUACUCUAUUGACAACCCGUACAGUAUUCCGCUCGCGAAUAAAAAAGUUCCAGAUCUUAUGAAAGACGAGAACAACGGUGCCAUCAUGACUGAAUUCGUCGGGCUUAGAGCGAAAAUGUACGCUUUACGUGUGCAAGGAAAGAAGGAUACGAAAAAGGCAAAGGGUGUCAAAAGUAACGUUGUGGCAAGAUCCAUAACGUUUGAUGAUUACACGCGAUGCUUAAACGACGCUAUUGAAAUGACGCGCAGACAAUCGUGCAUCAGAUCGAAAUUGCACGAGGUGUAUACAAUAUCGGAAACAAAAAUCGCUCUAAGUCCACACGAUGAUAAGCG